GCCAUCAGAACCCUGCAUGGUCAACCGUCCAUGGCUGCGCAGUCCCUGCAAAUCUCUUCUUCUCUCAGGCCGGCAUUCCAGAGCGCCUUUCAGGCAGCAUCAGAUGCUCCUUACAACAGGAUCUGUCCGCAUGCUACUCUGAGAAGCAUUGGAACUCAGAAGCUGCAGAAAGCCUGGCUGUGCUCCUGUCAAGCUCGUAGUGUUGUGGGUGCAUCAUCUACCAGCUUUUUUGGGCAGCAUUGCAAGCCCAGGGAUCCUCAGGAAAGCAAACUACUCCGUCGAGGCAAGAGGGUCGUCAGCAUGGUUACAACAGAGUCCAAAUCAAUGGAGGUUGGAUCACGCGCACCUGAUUUCCAGCUGCUGGAGCCUUUGACGGGAAAAACUGUCAGUCUUGAUGACUUCGACGGUGCCCCUGCUUUACUGGUCAUCUUCAUGUGCAAUCACUGCCCUUAUGUCAUCCAUUUGAAAAAAGCAGUCAAAGAGCUAACUGACGAGUACAUCAGGAAAGGCUUGUCUGUGGUUGCAAUCUCUUCGAACAGUGUCAAGACACAUCCACAGGAUGGGCCCGACCAAAUGGCCGAUGAUGCCAAGCAGCUGGGAUACGACUUUCCAUACCUGUACGAUGAGACCCAGGAUGUUGCGAAGGCUUACAAGGCCGUGUGCACCCCCGAGUUCUACGUUUUCAAGAAGGACGGACGGCGACCGUUUGAGUUGACGUAUCACGGCCGUUUCGAUGAGACUCGACCCAGGAGCGGCAUGACCCCGACGGGAAAAGAUCUGCGGAACGCGCUGGACUGCACACUUUCGGGACGGCAGGUCACUGGUCAGCAGCUGCCAUCCAUUGGCUGCAGUAUCAAGUGGCACCCGGAGGAGUGAGGCAGUAACUUCGGUGUGACGCAGUAUGGGCCGAUCCGCUUAUGAAACCAGGCGGAAAAGGGGCAGCCCAAGAGUUUACUUGUGCACCUGAUCUAGUAUACUUCCGAGCUCGUGGUCUUCGCGAUAGAGUAGAAGACGAGAUGACGAGAGCAUCGACCUCCUGGGAAGCUCAAACUGAGUGCAUGUACUCUAACCGCGUUAUAGAGUAGGGCCGGCCGGCGUAUCAUGAAGUCGGUCCGACAGAAUUUCAGUUCCUGGCAGAAAAGUGUAGAAAUAAGUUGUAUGCUACCUUCGGCGUCCGUCGUGAUGGCUGUUGAAC